AUAUUUUCCUCGCAAAGUGAAAGUGAAAGUGCUGCAAACGACGGUGGCAAGCGACGCUUCUCAUUUUCCCACUUCCACGAGGACAAUUGCAGCAAAAAUAUCCGAAGCUGACUUCAGAUCUCUACAUCUAAAUCCGAACUACGUCCUAAUUUCCUUCUCUGAAGACGACACCUCGAGUUGCACCUCGGAUAUUCGGCGCCGGGAUUACGCCACUACAAUGGGUCUACAGAUGAUGUACCUUUUGACGCUUCUAAGUACAUCGUUGUUUAGUGCCUCUGUUACAGGCUCCCCUGUGGUUGUAGUUGGCCCCCCUGUCACAGUGCACCAAGGCCACACGGCCAUAUUACCAUGCUGGCUCAAUCCACCACAAAAUGCAGAGGAUUUGGAGGUACAGUGGUACCGUUCUGAUCGCUUUGACAGCCCGAUUGUACUUUCAUCAAAGAAGUUUGAUGCAUCCAAGGAGGCUUCCUACAUAGGUCGAGUCUCAUUUGGGCUGAAGGAUGCAUCGUCCGGUGGGCUGACUGGAGGUGACGUGAGCCUGAAGCUGGUGAACGUCACGAUUGAGGACGCGGGAGAUUACACUUGUUACGUCAGCAGUGAACAGGGUUAUGACCGAGAGAACGUGAAACUUCAUGUGAUAGAAAUGGGAACCCACCCUCUUCUGUCAGCAGUGUGGAGAGAAGAUAACUCAGUGCAUGUGAGCUGUGAAUCUCAAGGAUGGUAUCCAGAGCCGAAGCUGCGCUGGUCGGACCAGAAGCAGGAUCUCACCCCAAAAGUACUGAAGUACAACAAUGUCUCCUCUGGUCUUGUGUCAGUCCGCAGCUGGCUCCUAGUCCCCACCUCCUCCGAGGUUUCCUGCUCAGUAGGUCUCCCUGACGGAGAGGCAAAGGAGUCAAGAAUGCGCCUGGAAAAACCUGCUAAACAGGAUUCAGGAUUCUCGGCUGGAUGGGUGGCCUUCGCUAUUCUCCUCAUAGCCGCGCUAUCUUCACUUGGACUGCUUUUCUACAAAAGGAGAGAUCUAUUGUGUGCCAAGGACAAGUUGGAGAGAAACCAAGCUGAGGAGAAUGAGAAACUUUUAAAACAAGUAGUUAAGCCAACAGCUUUUGAAGAGGCCAGGAGCUAUUACGUAAAUAUUACACUUGAGACAGGAAAAUCCAUACCUCAAAAUCAAAGACACUAAGCUGAGAGACAACAUUGGUGCAGAAUUUCCUGAUGGACUCGAUGUUAUCCUGUCUCACUGCUACCAAAGGAACACCUGGCUUCUCUUCUGGACAACACUACUGGGAGGUUUCUUUGGGGAAUUCAGACCUCAAAC